AUGUAUCGAAAUAAAGAGACGGCCCGUGAGAAGCACAACCGACUGAUCAAGAACUUUGACAACUUAGCCAAAACGCUACAAGCGUCCAAAGCAAUGCAAAUGCGAUUUACGCUAUUACCUGAGAAAGCAAUAAAUAAUGUAACAAAAGCUGGCGUUCGAGACAUGAAUCUGGGGCCUAUGGGAACAAAUAGCAAACCCGUUGGUGCAAACGUAAUACGUUUCAACAAUCCAAGCCCUGAAACAAAAUCUGACUAUCAUCGACUUUUCAUAGAUCCAAAAGGCGUGUCCAACAAGGCUAACUACCACAAAGAGCUCUCGGCGGGCACGAUCAAAGCAGCUGAAAACAUUCAAACGGGCUUAAAGUGGACCGGAAAGGGAUUGCUCGUUGUGUCUAUUAUGACCACUGGUGUUCGAAUCGGCAAGGCAAUUUAUGACGAAAUAGACAUUGAUAGCGAAAUUGCAGCUUUAGAAAACAUUAUCGACACUCUAAAGGAGGAUUUGAAGAAGGGCGGAUUGAAGAACAAACGAGACACGGAGAAUGCACUUAUAUUUGCCGAAGGUAUCUUGGACGAUGCGCGCGAUUGCAAGCGCAACCCGGGAAAGAAGACCGUCCUCACAAGCCUAUGUAUUGGUGGAGAGUGGUGUGGCGCCGCGACGUUAGGCUACGCUGGUGCCCAGGUAGGCGCAGCGGUUGGCGCCCCCGGUGGCCCAGUGGGCGCAGUUGCAGGUGCUAUCACUGGCAGUGUGGUUGGCGCUAUUGCUGGCUCGGAAUUGGGCGCAUCUGCGGUGGAGAACUUUCGCUGUGACGAAAAUGGCAUUGGCACCGAAAUGCAAGGCUCACUACUGGACAUUCACAACGCUCAUGUCCUGGACCUGGACGCCAAUGUGUACGUCGGUGUAGAGGGCGUAGAGGUUGGCGCACGAGGAGCUCUUUUUCAGAUUUCAGAUAAAGAUAAAAGUUUAACUUAUGGAAAAGCAGGCGCCAACUUUGGCAUUACCGAUAAAGGCGUUGAUGUGGGUGUUGAAGGCAAAGUGGCUUGGCUCGAGCACGAAACAAAAGACUCAAAAAUUGGCUUCGGUCUAAAUGUUGACACUGAAAUUAAAGCAGAUGAGCGAAACUUUCAAGCGUCGGUUUUGGGCUUUGGCUUUUCCUCGGGAGAUGACGGCUUUGGAUUACAUAUACCGUUUUGUUCUUAUACGUGGAAGUGA